GCCGCCCGCACGCCGCCCGCGCCCCGCGCGCUGCCCAGCCCGGCCCCUAGCCGCGGGCCCCGCCGAGCUCUCGCCGCGCACGGACACAAUGGCCGCCACGGCGGGCAGCGCCGCCCGCAGCCGCGGCCGCGCGGGCACCGACGCCGCGGGCACCGGCGCGGGGCCGCCGCCCGAGCCCCCCCGGAAGCCGCGCAUGGACCCGCGGCGCCGCCAGGCUGCCCUGUCCUUCCUCACCAACAUCUCGCUGGACGGCCGGCCGCCGCAGGGCGCCGAGUGGGGCGGCGGCGAGGACGGCGGCGCCCGGAGCCGGCACAGCCUGCUGGCCGCGGCGGGCACGGCGGCGGCGCUGGCGGCGGGCGCGGGCCCCUGCCCGGCGCCGCACCCGCCGCUGCCGGCCCUGCUGCCCAGCGGCCACGCGGCGGCCCGCGGCUUCUCCAGUCCCCUGGGCGCGGGCCGGGCGUCGGGGGAGCCGUGGCCGGCCCCGCGGCCGCAGCUGCCCGACGGGCUCGGGGGCUCGGGGCCAGAGGAGUCGGAGGAGGACGAUGCCUUCACCAGCGUGCAGGUGCCCGCCGCCGCCUUCCUGGGCUCUGCGACCCCCGGCAGUGGCGGCGGCAGUCGGGGCCGCCUCAACUCCUUCACUCAGGGAAUCCUGCCCAUCGGCUUCUCCAGGCCCAGCUCGCAGAAUUACAGCCCCCUGGAGCAGCCCGGCCAGGGGGGCAGCGCCAGCGCCUUCGAGCAGCUGCAGAGGUCGCGACGUCGCCUCAUCUCCCAGAGAUCGUCCCUGGAGACCCUGGAGGAUAUUGAGGAGAAUGCCCCUCUACGGAGAUGCCGAACUCUCUCAGGUUCGCCCAGACCAAAGAACUUCAAGAAGAUUCAUUUUAUCAAGAGCAUGCGGCAACACGAUACCAGGAAUGGCAGAAUAGUCCUUAUCAGUGGCAGAAGAUCCUUCUGUAGUAUAUUUUCCGUGCUGCCGUAUGGCGACAGUGCCCAGGUUGGGGAUUUGAAGUUGGACGGAGGGCGACAGUCAGCCGGUGCUGUGAGCUUGAAAGAGAUCAUUGGCCUGGAGGGCGUGGAGCUGGGUGCGGACGGGAAGACGGUGUCCUACACCCAGUUUCUGCUACCCACAAAUGCCUUUGGAACCCGGAGAAACACCAUCGACUCCACCUCGUCCUUCUCCCAGUUCCGUAACCUCAGCCACCGCAGCCUGUCCAUCGGGCGCGCCAGCAGCACCCAAGGGAGCCUUGACACAGGUAGCGAGCUCGGAGACCUCGUGGACUAUGACCCCAACCUCCUGGAUGACCCCCAGUGGCCUUGUGGCAAGCACAAGCGGGUUCUCAUCUUCCCUUCAUACAUGACCACGGUCAUCGAUUAUGUGAAGCCCUCGGAUCUCAAGAAGGACAUGAACGAGACCUUCAAGGAGAAGUUUCCUCACAUUAAAUUAACUCUCAGCAAAAUAAGGAGCUUGAAGCGGGACAUGCGGAAGCUGGCCCAAGAGGACUGUGGCUUCGAGGAGCCCACGGUGGCCAUGGCCUUUGUCUACUUUGAGAAGCUCGCCCUCAAGGGAAAGCUGAACAAGCAGAACCGGAAGCUUUGCGCCGGAGCGUGUGUGCUGCUGGCAGCCAAGAUCGGGAGUGACCUCAGAAAGCACGAAGUCAAGCAUUUGAUUGAUAAACUGGAAGAGAAGUUCCGGCUAAACAGACGAGAACUGAUUGCCUUUGAAUUCCCAGUGUUAGUGGCCUUGGAAUUUGCCCUUCAUCUGCCCGAGCACGAAGUCAUGCCCCAUUACAGACGCCUGGUCCAGAGCUCCUAGCACAGGGCCCUCCUGCACAGAACUGCACUUACUACUGGAACGCUACCGAACCAGGCCUCGGCCUAGCACACUUUCUCCCACGCCAGCUACCCGGGGAGCUUCAGGGAGUCUGCAGUCUGGCUAACCGAGAUGAGCUCCAAGCUGCUUACAAUACCACUUGCGAGACCCCUCCGGGAGCAGGGGAUCCUUGGGGCUCCACGAGUGAGAACUUCCAGCCUCGCAGUCCAGCUGGCCUUCCUCCCAGGCCCACACCCACCCACCUGGCAAUUGUGGCGAGCAGAGAAUCGUGCGGGUGUUCGGCGACAGCUUUGCAGAGAGGACCGUCCCUGUGUCAAAAGAACGUGCCAAUUUUUUUUGUAGCCGCUCUUGGACAUGUGCUUCCUGUGGGGUAUCUGUGAACGUGUGUGUCUGAGAGAUGCUGCACCAGCCUGAAGCCCCCAGUCCCCAGCCAGGCCACCCCUGCUGUCCUUCAGAGCUCAGCCGGGGCUCAUGAGCCUGUUGGACUCGGCCACGCUCUCUCCAGAAUUGCUGGAGGCAGCCCUGGUCUCCGUCCCCUCCUCCGUCUUUGGGGACGACGUCAUUCCUCAGCAGGACCAGGAGGGGCAGUGGGCUGGCUGUGGAGGCACGGGUGCAGGCCGCCUCUCCGUAGGCCUGGGGGGCGGCUGUUCAGGGCAUGCGUCCCGUGCUCUAUGUUAGAGUGCCUCAGCUGCACGUUUACGGUGCAAUCUCUCUCCAAGUGUUUUCUACGAAUUUAGGCGGGAGGCCAAGACGCAGGAGCAAGGCAGCGAGGCUCUGAACAAACUGCAUCUUGACUUCAAGUGGCUCAAGGCCACGGCGACUCUCAGCGCUGUACCCAGGAUACAAAAUCCCAGAUGUGUGACGGCUCGGAAGGCUCCAAGAUCUCCUGACAGAGCGGCUGGAGCUAAGGCCCGUCACCGCACUGUCACCUCCUUGCCACAGCGGGGAAGGGCCGCCCCGGGGUUCACCUGACUGGAAAAACAAAACAAAACAAAACAAAACCUGUGGUCCUAUAAAAAGAGAAUUAAAAUAUUUUAUUGUUUCUA